CCUAACCAAGCAAACCAGAGAAGAGAAGAGUUAGCAGCUAGAUUUUUUUCCACUGAAUUAUAUAUAAGUAUCAUCACCUUCAUUGAACUCAUAUAUUGCAUAUUAAUUCUCCUUUAUAUAUAGAAGAUAUGGAUCAUAUGGUCCUAGUUAAUAUUCAUGUCUCCUCCGUUAAUUAAGGUCUAGUCAAGUAAAAUGUGGCAGAAAAUAUUUGUGGAGUUCAGUAUUAAUGCAAGUUCUUGUGCAAAUAUAUGCUCCAUCCGAAAUAAAAUAUAAGCAAAAUUCACAUGGGAAAUAAUCUUCCCAACAACGUGGAAACAAGUGUCGAUAUCACAUGUGGUAAACAAGAACGAUACUUGGAAGAAGGAAAGUUGGAGACAUGGUAUAUGUCAUAUUACAUAGGUUGGUCAAAUAUCAGAUUCGUCUUAGAGACAACAUACGACAGAGAUGGUCUCGUCAAGCGCUUACAAUUCCAUUUCAUCAAACCUGAAUUUAUUUGUUUAGUUAUAGAUAGAGCUGAAAACAAUCUUCUUAAUCAAAUUAAUACUGAUGCAUUCGGACUCUUUUGUCGCGGAACUAAUUUUGUUAACGAGACUAAGAAUCGGUGGGAUGGUGUUACAAAAACGAACGUUGCAUACAAUUGGAGUGAAGAUGAGGGGAGUCUUGUUGUGGUGGAGCAGAAGAGAAAGAGCGGAUUUAAAAUGCCUUGUGAAGUGACGGUAGCACACUACUACGCUAUCAAUGGUCAACGUCGAAAUUUUAUUCGUGAAAAAAAAUAUGAUGUUGGACUUUCAAUAUCGGUAGAUAUUAGAGUGGUAGACAAUGCUUUAGAUCUUUUGUGGAAGGGCCUUUCCGAACACCCUUCUUCUGCAUUGUUUAAAAUGUUUAAACAAAUCUCUAGAACAUGGACUUGGAAGUGGACGGCAUGCCCUCAUUGUGCUGCUCAAACUCAUAUACAACAAUUUCAGACCGAAACAGAGAAUGAUGAUGAAGAAAGUAACUAUCUUCAACAGCCUAGACAAAUCGUGAUGGGAGGAAAUAUUCUUGCUAAUCAAGGUGUAAUUAAGGGCAAUAAUAAUGGUAAUUUCUUUGUAAAGCAACUUAACAUCCUUAGAGGAGGGUAACUCUAGGACGUACUUUUUCUUUCUUUCUUUCUUUUACUACAUUACUGAUGUUUAUCAACAACUAUGGAUGUCCAUGUUAGGUGUAAUCUACCCUUCUUUAUGCUUAGUGUGAUUGAGCUCAAUAUGUGCUUAUGAGUUAGUUGGCUUGCUUGACUUGUAAGCUAAGUCUUGUAAACUCCUAUAUAAGGGUUAGUCCUUGUAUUGAAUGAAUAGAGAUCACACUUUUACUCCUUACAAGUGGUAUAUAGGCCUGAAACGGUCCUUCAUCAAACGCAGUUUGAUUCAUGUUUUUUCUGUUACAAAAGUUUGUUAGUUUGUUUCAAAACCGUUAACUUCAUCUUCUACCUUGCAUUGUUUCUUCUUUCUUGCUUAACCUCAUCAUGGCUGAACCACACAAUCACCAUAUGCACCAUGCAAUUCCCAAAUUCGAAGGCUACUAUAUGAUCAUUUGGCAAUAUUAAGAGGCUGCAACUUAGGGUGUUACAU